UCCUCCUCGGAUGUUGUGCGGAGCGCCAAACCCGAACCUCUUUACGCACCGUCCCGCCUCACCUUCAGCGUCACCUCUGCGCCUCUUCAGCCGCGCUGAAUGGAUUAGCCUCCGGGAGCCAUGCGGUACCGGCACCGAGCCCCCGCAGCGACCCGAGCCGCUUCGGAUGCAGGAGAGUCCGGUUUCCGCAUUCCCGCAGCCGCCGUGCGCACUGCAGGCGCGGAGCGAAGAUCCAUGAUCUCAACAGAAAAGGAAACCGGUUCGUCCGGCUCGGCGGGCCGCCCCGCGCUGCGGAUUCAUUGUUACGUUCCCGGCGGACGGAGAGGCUGCUGACUGUGUGUCUCAGGCCCGGUUCGGAGCUCCUUCAUGACCCGGGAUGGAGAACUGCUGCCGCGCCUGCUGCCCCUGCUUCUCCCGGCUCUGGAACUGGUUCUGGCCGGCUCCCCGCUACCCGCCCGUCCCGAACCUGGUCAUCGCCAACCCGGGGGCCCGGUCGGAGGAGAUCCGCACCGUAUCGGGGAACAUCCGCGCCCCGUCGCCCAAGAAGCGGCCGGUGCAGCUGUACGCGGCGCUGUACGACUUCCAGGCCCGGAGCGACGACGAGCUGUCGGUGAAGGAGGGAGACAAGCUGUCGGUGAUCGAGAAGCGGGGCGACUACGUGCUGGCCAAGAAGCUGACGGGAGCGCCGCAGUCCGGGCUCAUCCCGGCCAACUACGUGGCUCUGCUGCAGGACGAGUUCGCCAAACACAAGUGGUACUACGGGAACAUAAACCGCGUGAAAGCAGAGAAACUGCUGCUCGCUUCCCAAAACAAAGAUGGCGCCUUCCUGGUUCGCAUCAGUGAGAGUCACAGCGAUGAGUACACGGUGUCUGCGCGGAGCGAGGGGAAGGUUUUCCACUUCCGGGUGCAGCGCUCGGUGAUCGGAGCGUACUUCGUCUCAGAUAAGCUGUCGUUCGCCACGCUGGGCGAGUUGAUCUCCUACUACCAGAAGAACCCGCGGAGCCUCGGGGUGAGCCUGGUGGAGCCGUGCGCCCAGCAGCGGGAACUCUUCGACAUGGAGCCUUGGGAGAGACCGCGGGAAGAGUUCCAGCUCCACCGCAAACUGGGAGAAGGAAACUUUGGACAAGUAUGGGAAGCCAUUUGGACCAAAGAGAACCGGAAAGUGGCCAUAAAGAUGCUGAAACAAGAGGACACGAAGCAGGACGAGUUUGUGAAGGAGGUCCAGGCGCUGAAGAGCCUCCACCACCCGAAGCUGAUCCAGCUGCUGGCCAUGUGCUCCAGAGGGGAACCCGUCUACAUCGUCACCGAACUCAUGAGCAAAGGAAGCCUCAAGUCCUACCUGGACUCUGAAGAAGGAAAGCUGCUGAAAACGGCUCAUCUCAUCUACAUGAGCGGCCAGAUCGCAGACGGUAUGGGCUACCUGGAGGACAGACACAUCGUCCACAGAGACCUGGCCGCCAGAAACAUCCUGGUGGGAGACGACCUGAUCUGCAAGGUGGCGGACUUUGGACUGGCUCGGAUAAUUAAGGACAGCGUGUACACUGCCAGCAGAAACACAAAGAUCCCGGUACGGUGGACAGCGCCUGAGGCGGCGCUGCACCAACGCUUCUCUGUCAAAUCAGACGUCUGGUCGUUUGGCGUGCUUCUGUAUGAGAUGAUGUCACGCGGGAAAAUGCCGUACGAAGGAAAAAGCAAUAAGGAGGUGAUGGACAUUUUGAAAUCGGGGCAUCGGCUGGGCUGUCCCGACCGCUGCCCUCCCAAUAUUUACCGGAUCAUGAAGGACUGCUGGCACACCGACCCGACCCAAAGGCCGUCGUUCCACGCCCUGCAGAACCAGCUGGACGCCAUUUAUCAACGCAUUUAUUACAAAACCGUGGAGGUUUAGAGGCGAACGUCGGUCUUCCUCUGCUGGCUGGGAACCUGCACAAACGGCAGGAAGUGGCGAGGCAGAGCGAUGAGGACCGUUCCUCUCCGUGUUUCUGUUUGGGAAAAUGAAGCAGCGCAGCGACCCAAACCAACAUGGAGGACAAACUGCACAGAAACCCAGCGGUAUUUUAGAGAGCGGAGUCUGUAAAUACACCAGAGAAACUCCUCAGACUGUUUUUAAACUCCACUCUUGUGUUUUAGAGGCUGUAAUAAUGGAAAUCGUCGGUAUGUGCCAUGCUGGACGUCCUGAGCCUGAAGGGGGAAUGUUACGGUUUCACUUCUGUUUCCGAUGCAAAACAAGUCGUGAAAAUGGAGAUUUUGUGCAAUAAUUAAACGAAAGCUGAAUUUUUAGCCACAUUAGACUAGAGAAAGGGAAAUUAAUUAGUUUCUUAGCUUGACUCUUUCUGCUUUUGAGCUAAAUAUCUUGAAGAAAAGGUUUGGUUUGCUGUUAAAUGACUGUUUGUUUUCAUCAAACCGCAUCCAGACGUAACGAUCACUGAAACCUGCGUCUCCUUUACAUUAAAGAGAUCAGGAAUAAAAUGUACGGAAAAUAACAAGUCUUCCUCUGCUAAGAGUUUGGUUUAAAGAUCAGCGACAGCGCAUCUUAAAUUUAAAUGUGCAUUUAUUUUUGUUUAGCUUAGCUUGGCUAGCAGCCUAAGGAACGUAGCCGUAGUUAGCCUCCCAGAUAGCCCCUAACUUAGCUCCAAUGCUAAGUCCUAUAGCGCACGUGGAGGAGCUCAGUAGCUGCGUUUCCAUUAAAAAUAUGCACAAAACUUUGUCAGUAAUCAAUAAUGCUGAAAAAAAACACAACUGUGGUGUUUUCAUUAAAUGAAAUCAGAAUUAAAAUCACAUGUGAAUAAGUUUGUUCACUUGAUAAUUCAUUUAAAGACGUGCUGCUCCGUCUACUUCCUGUUUGUCUUCUUCAUGGUUUCUGUCAGUGGUAACAUCUGGUUGUUGAUCAUGUGACUCGUGAUGCGA